AUGGCAGCCAAUGACAACCGAGGAAAUGCCGAUGGCACUCAGUCCCGUGUCUCCACAGUCCCGAGUCCACGCCCGCAUCUUUCAUCAAAGUAUUCCAAUCCAUUUCCACCAGCAGCGAACGAGACAUGCAGAUCCAUACAGAGUACAAAGUACUGUGCACGUACUCCAGGGAGACUGUGCACUUGGACCUUCCCACCUCACCUUCCCUGGCACGCACUUGCUGCGGAAGGACUAAGAAGCACCUACCUUGGCAAGACUUGA